AUGGGCCCCAGCAAAGGCCGCGGGCCCCUCAUAGCCAAGUUUGCCCCCGCGGGAUUCAAGAAGGGCUUUGGGGCCAUAGGAUUGGGAAGACACACAAAAAAAGGUUUUUUCCUCAUCAAUUCGAUGCUGGUCCCCAAAUUGCAUAUGCCGGACUUGAACGGAUUUGAGCUGAAGCCUUACGUCUGCCCUCAAACUUACAAAAUUGCGUCGCAGAAGUACUGGGCAGCAGACGAGGAAGAAUAA